AUGGCAAAGGUUAUGGUAUUGGAGAAUCUUUAUGGGAGUUAUGAGAAGAUCUAUCAACAAGUUCCCAACUUCUGUGAAAUGGUUAAGAGGAGAAAUACAGGAAGCCAUUUUUCAUUCUCAUAUGGCACUGAAGACAAUACCUUCCUCUCUUUGACCAUUUCAUUUGCUCCUGCAAUAAAGGGGUGGAAGGCUGGCUGUAGAAGGGUCAUUGGUUUGGAUGCUUGUCACUUGACAGGAAAGUUUGGUGGUGUGAUGAUAUGUGCAACAUGUCUGGAUGGUCAGAAUGGCUUAGUUAUGCUAGGUAUAACGGUGUGUAGGAAUGAAACCAUAGAGAAUUCGAAUAUUUUCCUUGGAGAUUUGAAGCCUCUGAUAGAUGAAGAUGGUGUGCGUAUUUGUUUCAUCUCAGACAAGCAAAAGGGAAUUUUGGAGGGUGUUGAGUAUCACUUUCCUUUAGAUGAACACAUAUAUUGUUUUAGGCACUUGCUUGCAAACUUUAAGAAGAAUUUCAGGGGAUUUAGUUUGCAAAAUCAUCUUUGGAAUGCUGCUAAAUGCUACAAGAAAAGGCAUUUUGAGGAACAUAUGGAUAAGAUGAGAGUUGAGAAUGCUGAUGCUGCUUGGUACCUCUUGAAAGAAGAAAAACCAGAAACAUGGUCCAGGUCCCAUUUUGAAAAAUACAACAAAUGUGAGCACAUGAACAAUAAUUAUUCUGAGUCCUUCAACAAUAUGGCAAAUAAUAUUAGGGACAAGCCCAUUUGCAAGCUAGGCCUGAUGUAUGGAGAGAUGGUGAUGAACACCUGGUAUAAGAGAAGAAAUGAGUCUGCUAAAUAG